CUUCCUGCGUGCUUCAGCUCCUUCAACUUCACGCUUUCUCGUUGCCGUUGUUCUUAAUUAGUAGAGUUCUGACGCACCGCCUUGGGUUCGGCGGGCAACCCAGAGUCCUCAGCUCGGCCUUUGUCGAGAUCCGCGUGAAUAAUGCACACGCAGGAACUGUGCUGCCUGUUUGGUGCCUUUUUAAUGGGGGCAGGGGGAAAGGCCUAAGAAAGGUCUUAGUGAGAGCUGUACAGAUGAGCCAAGUAACCGUAGCGCAAAAAAAAAAAAAAAAGCACCUUACCUUUAGUGAAUUUUGAAGUCAGUUGUGUCAGGGCUAGGUUUUAAAUUGUUAAAACGCUAGUGACUGCAUUACUAAAGCUUCCGCCCUUUUAAGCAGUGAACAGAUGAAUUUCAAAUACUGUCAGCGAAGCUCAUUUCCUGAACACAGUUGUUUUAUUUACUUAGUACCAUUGUUUUCUUGUUCCCUUAAGAACCAAGUGCAGGUUAAUACUUGAAAACAGAUAAUCUUGAUUUGAGUUAUAAAGUGGUAACACGCAAUGUCUUAUUUCUAAAGGCUUUGAAAGAAAGACUACAAUGUAAUUUAUAUUUAGGUUUGUGUUAGCAAGCAUACAUUUAAGGUGGGAUGCCGAUUAAAUUUAUUCAAAAAUCUGGGAUUGCAUUGAAGAAAUGUAACAACUUAUAAGCUGUUAAUAGAGCAUUUGAAACAAGAAACAAUUAUGCUUUUGUCUGGUUAUAUAAAGUGUCAUCACAGAGUGGUGUGAUUCUUGGGGUUUUUUCCUAUUAUCUGUCCAAAUCCUUGAAGCUAAGAUUAUAAAGAAACUUUAAUUACCAAGGAGCUUUUUUUUAGUGCACUUAACAAAUUGUCUUAAAUCAUGAACUAAAUUAGGGACACUAAAAAUAAAAUGGUUAUCAUCAUGCCACCUGGUUGAAAAUCCGAAACCAUGAAUUUUGUGAACUAUUUUGGGGGUGUUUUAGUUUGGCGUGUUUUUUCUUAGCCUGCUUUAUUUUCCUCUAGUGAAGUAUAUGGGAAACGAUUUAUAUACUUCAUUCAGUAUGAUCAUCUUUUUAAGCUGCACUUCUAAAAUUCCAUGUAUUUUGCCAAAUAGUCAUAGUUACUAUCAGGCUACACUGGAACAGGAAUGGCAUUUCUCUGAUAAUGGCUCACUCAAGGUGCUUCAAAGGAACAGUCUUAGUGGGCGCACCUUAUUUUGAAAAGUGCAAGGAAAAGAGAAAAGUGCACUGAAAACAUCUUGGAAAACACUGAGGAUAGGGAAGUUCCCUCCUAAUCCCCAUUAAUCAGAUACAUAUCUGUAGACUGAUGUGCUAGGUGGCUUAUCUCCUUUUUCAAAACACUAGAUUAAAGUUGCAUAGUGCAGAAGUUACUACUCCAUCUCUGGUAGAAACUACUGGUUUAUUUUUCUGAAUCACAGUGAACUUUUGACAAAGAUUUCCACGCUUUAUUGUGUGACAGUCUUUCCCUUUGCUGGUCUGUAUUGUGCUCCCAUAAAAAUAGUUGAUAUGUAAAUUUUAAAUGAUUAUCUUCUUUUGCAAAUUUUGAACCCAGAGGAGUGAAAAAUAACAUAGAAGUACACUAACUGGUAUGUGUUAGUACUGAAAGAAGAUUUUUCUCUUUUUUUUCUUUGACAAAAAAUGUAAGAUAAAAACUAAACAUCAGGAGGAGUUGGAAACAUUUUCAAUGAAGUAUUUUUUAAGUUUUCUUUUUUUCUAAAAUGUAGCUUCUUUAAAGAUUCAUAGUCCAGUCAUAGUACAGUAGGAACUUAAUAUUUGCAAGAUUAACUGUAGAUAAAACUGAAAAUAUUAUUAUGCAAACAUUAUUUUUGUAUAAUUUUUCAAUUUUGUAUUGCUGUUGUGGCUUUAAAAGCUAUCACUUAGGAUUUGACGAACACCCUGAUAAGUAAUAGGGAAAAAUACUUGUGGCCGUUACUAAUCAGUUUUUUUGUUUUGUUUUAAGUGAACUUAGUGGAUGGCUGAAAGUUGGCUUGGGCAUUGAGUGCUGAAAUGUUUUGCUGUUUGAGAGUCGUGAGAAGGUCAUGCCUGGAGAAAAUACUGCCACAGUGCGUUCUUCAGUCAAGAACUUUGUCUGGAGCUGAUGCCAUCAAUGCUCUCAGACCUUUCUAUUUUGCUGUGCAUCCAGAUUUCUUUGGCCAGCAUCCCAAAGAGAGGGAGGUAAAUGAAAAUUCUCUGAAGAGGUUAAAUGGCUACUUGGAGAAUCUGCAGAAACCAGGAUUUCGCUCUUUUAAGCCAACUCAACUUACUUUUUAUGUAAGAGAAAGUGAACCAAACUCUUCUAACGUUCAAGAAUCCUUCAGUGCUUCAGGGUUUCGAGCAGUCAGUUUUACAUUACGUACCAGGGACCUACUGAGCACAGUAUUAGAUAUUCUCAACUCCUGCAGUUUAUCUACGGAGCAUGUUCAGAGUUUGAACGUGAACUCUCAGCCCCGCAAGGAAGCAAAAAUCACGCUGAAUAGACCUAUCAAAUGGGAUAAGACUUAUUAUUCGUUUACUGGAUUCAAAGAUCCUGAGGAAGAACUAGAACAAGCCCAGAGAGUGGAAACAACUUUAAUAUCCUGGUUAGAUGAUAAUGAAGCAAGUGCAGUAAAAAAGUUGAAGAAGAGUUUACCGCUUAGAAAAGAACUAGAACGCUUAAAAUUUGAACUCUCUCAUCAGCUUCAGCUCUCUGAUAUCAGGUGGCAGAGAAGCUGGGGUAUCGCUCAUCGCUGUAGCCAACUACACAGUCUAGGUCGCUUAGUCAGACAAAGACCUGAAGUAUUAAAGAAUGUUAAAGGACGCACAUUGAUAUUUACAGACCGUUCAGGUGUGAGUGCUGCAGGCCACAUAAUGCUGGGGACCAUGGAUGUUCACCAUCACUGGACCAAAAUUUUUGAGAGGUUGCCAAAUUAUUAUAAACUUCAAAAAAGGAUGCUGUUCUUGGAGGAUCGGAUAAGCCAACUUCUGGGAGGCAUACAAGUAACAUAUAUUGAAGAGCUGCAACCCCUCUUGACAUUGGAAGAGUACUAUGACACUCUGGACUCCUUCUAUAAUAAGUUACUUGACAGUAGACUACCUUUUCAUCCUCGCAGUCUGCGAGGCUUGCAGAUGAUUCUAGAAAGCGAUAGAUAUGCACCAAGCUUGCAUGAAUUAGGACACUUUAACAUCCCAACAGCUUGUGAUCCAGCAACUCUUCAAUGGUUUAUUAUUGCCAAAGCACAAGAAGCAAGACAGAAUCUGAAAAGAAAGGAAGAGAUGAUGAUUACAGAAAAGGAGCUAAUCAGUACUUCCACUGAAAAAUUUUCUUUGGAUCGACUGUAUAAGGAACCCAGUGUUUCCAGUGCACAGAUGAUAGAUUGUUGUAAGCGACUACUGGAAGAAUCGUUACCGUACCUACAAGGCAUGCACCUUUGCAUUUCGCAUUUCUACUCUGUGCUGCAGGAUGGAGACCUCUGUAUACCUUGGAACUGGAAAAGCUGAGAACAUAUCUGAUAAUCAGAUGAAUUGUUUAUUUUCUGUAAGAGGCUAUAAAUAUGAAUGUUUUUUAAGAGUAAAUUAUUAAAAUGUGUAUUUUGAUAUCAGUAUUCAACCCAAACAUUUACUUUUAACUGCUGCUCAAAAAGGUUCGGAGUCCUAGCAUUCCCAGUUCUAGGAAAGACAUCUUUACAUUUUCCAUACGCCUGUACUAGUCCAAGCGUAGGGUAGCAGUUGUGGAAUUGCAUUUUUGUAGUGAAUUAUGAAAAGCUAUUAAACUGCAAGGCUGCAAAAAUGUACGUGUGGAUUUUUAAUAUAUAUAAGUAUUGUCAGAUAGAUUUUUCUUAAAUAUAGGGAAGAGUGUUCCGCUCAACCCAGACACUACAUAUCUUAAGGGAUUAAUUGAAUGCAGAAGCUGAGUACGUAAUACUGCUGGUGGCAAUAUUGGCAUUUCAUAUUGCUACCUCUUACUGGAAAAAAAAGAAAACCUUCAUCAGAAUAUUUUUACUUGGCAGAAAAAAGCAGUACCUUGAACUUGGUUUCAGCAGUUUCAUAUACUGAUCCGACGUUGUUGCCUUAGAAUUUCCAAAUAUGCCAGUUGUGCUGUCUGCAGUUACUUUAGAGGAAGUAUCAGUCUAUUUUUGUUUUUCGUCACUUACUCCAUAAAUACAGACCAUCCUUUUCAUGUACACUACUAAUAGAUUGCAAAUCCCAUUCGCAGCCCUUACCGCCUGAGUGGUUUAGUAUGGCAUCUAAGGAAAGGAAGCGUUGAUUUGUGUGGGAUUGUUUGCAAACGCAAGUACUUCUCAAUGAGACAGGCGUUCACAGUAAGGCUCUAGAGAGCAAGCACAUGGACCUUUACUGGUACUCUGUCCCUUAAAUAAUAUGAAAUGGUGAAAAUUUAUGUUGCCAUUUCUUCAUUGUAAUACAUGCCAAAAGGGAUGUUGUAUUUGGGUUACUACUUUACAAAAAAUCCUUUGAGAAAUAUCAGCUGCUUAACAUUUCUGGACUUGAAUUCACCUACGAAAACUGGCAAAAAAAUAAAAAAUAAAAAUAAGGAGUUGCCUAAUGUUUACAUGCCUUGUAUUUCCAUUUAUCUUGAGUAGGGAAGUUGCGGCUGUCUGAUUCUUCAUGUCAAAAGGCUGAUUUUCAAGUUGUUUAUUAUGUUGCCAAAUUUUAAAAAAUCUCCACUGUGAUCUCAAACACUUAUGUCUAUUUUUAAAAUGUUGAGACUUCUAAAGACCAGCUGAUGGCAUUCUGGUUUGGUAGUUCUGAGUAAAAUCUCAAAGUAGUCAUCCUCUAUUGAGCAUUACUUCUCCUCACUCCAUAUAGCAUUGGUGAUACUGUCCAUGUCCCCGUUGCACUGAACAACUGAGCCGUUCCAAUUGUAGCCCAGCAAUGUUCCCUGUAACAGCUCUUUGCAGAAUGAGGUCUCUUCCAGAAUAGGAGCUGAGCUGAGCAAUUUCUCUUCCUUGAACUAAAUGACUCCUUACUGGCAUCCAGGUAAGAAGCUGCUAUGCUGUUGAAUGUAGAGAAGACAAAAAUUAGACGAAGGAAGGUGAGUAGACUGGGCCGAGAGCCUGAUAUGACUGUGACUGGAAUCCCACUAGGGAACAAGUGAAGACUGAGACUAAUGUUACAUACUGUGACUAGACAUAAGGAAAGGCUAGGGUUUGUUGAGAUCAGACCUUCUCUUUGAAUACUAGAGGCAAAAACUAGGACUAGCUAGAGGGAGGAGCCUUAGCUGUGAAGAGUCCUUAUGAAACAGCCUGGAGAGGCUGGGCACAUAAAAAGGAGCACUGGGGACCCUGCCUGGAAUAGUGGUGGGAGUAGGCAAGGACAAGCAAGCGCGACUGGGACAGGGCUUACACGUGGGAGUUGUGGAAAUAAUGGGUAUAAGACAUUUAAAGUCUGGAAUGGACCUGAAGAUACUUGCCAUGCCCUAAUCGGGAAGUAGCCAAAAAACUUGAGCAAGUUGUGUCACCCUCCCAAAACACUGACAGCCUGCUCUUCUGACAGUUACCACCUGGCUUAGGUCUUGGGUCUGUGCAA